AUGGUGGAUGUAAAUCUAUUAACGAUCAAACAAAUUUUAGGAGUUAUUAUCCUGUGUAUGGAACUGUGCUUAUCUAAACAGCAAACGACUACAUUGGAAAUUGGUGUGAUAGCUGACGGAUGCCUCAAGAACGGGUAUAAAGUAAACCAAACGCUGACAUCUACCUCAGUCUGGGACGAGCAUCUGGAAAUCAGGCUGCAUUGGUCAUAUCUGGACAGCAGAGAUAUAUAUCAUCUCCUAAGAACAGUAAUGGAAUUCCGAAGUAGCGGCAUGGAUGCAAUUUUACUUGCGGACGACCUGCAAUACCUCGGUGGUUUGUCAAACGAACUUAUUAAAGGCGAUGUUCCGGUUAUAGCCUUAGGUAGUGUCAAUACAAUAUCAGCCGCCAAUGCGGAUAUUAACGAGAACUGCCAGUCUUUAUUUUUAACUCCAGUAACAUCAAAGCAACAAGGAGAAUGUUUACCCCCAUUCCCUAGUGAAGAACACAUGUCGACAAUCAAUAAUAACCACAGCCUGUCAUACUUGGAUUCAAAUAUUGUAUCUGUGCUUCAUCACCUCAAGUGGUCCGAUCAAAUUAUCCUGUAUGAUAAAGGAAUCGAUUUAUACGUCGAUAGAAUCAUCCAGAUAUUAUCAUUCGAGGGUCGUUUUGUGAUAACGUACGAGGUGAGCGACAUGGAUGUAGAUCAAAUCCAUCGAUUGCUGCAAACACUGGACGGACCAAACGGUGACGACAAAAUUAACAUAACCGUGAUUGGUUAUCAAAAAUGUGUCGAAAAAGUCUUGUUCACUGCAGGUCAAUACGUUGCGAACAACAAAAGAAAAUCGUCACUAAGUCUACGUUCUCUGUGGAUGGUUUUUCUUCUGAAGGACGACCCCAAUAUGGACAAGAUACAAAAAUAUACAGAGAAUAUCGACAAUGUUGCCGUUCUUCGUUUGCCAACGUUCUUCGUUGGCAAUAAUAAUAAUGGGACGACAGAUGUACUCCAACUUGUCCGAAAAGCUCUUUUCAACAUCGGCUCAAAUGCUACUAUGACAACAACGAAUAAAUCAGAGAUGAAUAACUUAAUCAUCGACUUUUUGCAGUCGGAGUUGCAAAGGUGUCACUGGUCUCCCGUUCAGACUCUUAUGUUUACAUUGGGAGGGCGUGGCUGGAGUCACGUUGGGUACGUCGACACUAUGGGACAAACUGCCUUUUAUGCGGAGAUAUUUCCUAAUACGAGGUUUGGAUUCAAUCGUCGCAAGUUUUCCGUGUCUACUUUAGAGUGGGAGCCGUUUGUCAUCGCCUCCGAAAACAACACCUACUCAGGACUGUGUUUUGACCUGCUGGAUCAUUUGGCAACAAGUCUGAAUUUCACAUUUGAAGUUGAUGGUCCACCUGAUGGCCAAUGGGGAGUUAUCAAUUCUAACGGAACAUGGACAGGCAUGGUGGGACAGUUGGCUAAAAGGGAAAUCGACAUAGUAGCUGCUCCCCUUUCCACGCAGGCCAAGCGUGAGGAAGUGAUGGAUUUUACCUAUUCAUUUUACAUAGACUAUACCACUAUUUUGAUGAAGAAAAAGGAUCCAAAUAUCACAAAAUGGAGAACAUUGAUCGAUCCAUUCAGUGAAGAACUACUUUUAUGUGUGUGUAUAUCACUUCCGGUCGUGUCUCUGCUACUCUUCCUGUUCGAGCGAUUCAGCCCAUAUUACGUUGGGGACGACGAGGGAGAAGGAAAAAGUGGCUUACACACCUACCAGGACGCAUUUUGGUAUAUGUAUGGGGCUCUCCUAACACAAGGGGGAGAACACCUCCCGCGAUCACAGACUGGGCGAACCCUGCUGAGUUCAUGGUGGUUAUUCUGUAUAAUCAUGAUGGCAACUUAUAGUGGCAACCUUAUUGCCUUUCUUACUGUCAGCAAGGACAAGCCCCCGUUUUCUACCGUUGCGGGCAUGCUUCAGCAGGAAAAUUACCGUUGGGGCACCAUCGGGGGAAGUUCAUGGAUUACGGCUUUUAACGAAACCCGUGCUCCCGAUUUGAUGAGGGUAUGGGCGAAGAUGCAGGAGUUCAACGCAUCAGAUAAUAGUAUUUUAAGUUCAAAAUCCAGUGAACACUUCACGAAGGUGCUUGGCGGAGGAUAUUCCUACAUUGGAGAUAAAACACAAAUGGAAAUCAAAAUGGCGGAAGAGUGUUCCCUUCUGAUCUCAGAUGACGAGUUUAUGCCCUUGCAAUAUGCUUUUGGACUUCCAAACUUUUCACCGUAUACAAAGAUGUUUUCUGACGAAUUACUACACAUACACGAGAGCGGAUUACUUCACAUCUGGAAAUCCCGUUUGUGGCCCCAGCGUAAUUUCUGUAACGGCGAAUUGGUGACCUCAGCAAAGACUAUUGCGUUGAUAGACGUACAGAGUGCGUUCUACUUGAUCGGAAUAGGGCUUGCUCUAGCUACUUUAAUGAUCAUAGCAGAAAAUGUGGCGUUUUGGUACAAACAAAGUAAGAAAUCAAAAGGAGAUAUAGACAAAGAGUCGACAAUAACAGGUGCCAGCGUUCAUUGUAUUCUUCCAAAACCCCAACAUCCGAUACCUUAA